UGGAUUAAACAAGUGUUCUGGUAGAGUGGAGGUAUAUUACAACGGUCAGUGGGGAACAGUGUGUGAUCAUAACUGGGACGUCAAUGACGCGGCAGUGGUGUGCAGAGAGAUGGGAUGUGGCAGAGCAGUCAGCGCCACUCACAGUGCCCACUUUGGUCAGGGAAGUGGCCAAAUAUUUCUGGAUGAUGUUGGUUGUUAUGGACCUGAAGGCACCCUCAAAUAUUGCCCUCAUGAACAACAACACAACUGCAGUCAUGGUGAAGAUGCUGGUGUUAUCUGCUCAACUGUGACAGGCUUAAGACUCGUUAAUGGAAACGACUCGUGUUCUGGUAGAGUGGAGGUGUAUAAUAAUGGCCAGUGGGGAACAGUGUGUGAUAAUGACUGGGACAUCAAUGACGGGGAGGUGGUAUGUGGAGAGAUGAGAUGUGGCAGAGCAGUCAGUGUGCUUCACAGUGCCCACUUUGGUCAGGGACGUGAACCAAUACUUCUGGAUAAUGUUGGUUGUUCUGGAAAUGAAAGCUCUCUCUCUAACUGCUCUCAUGAUGGAUUUGGCAAACACAACUGCAGUCAUCGUGAAGAUGCUGGUGUUAUCUGCUCAGGCAUAAGACUCGUUAAUGGAAAUGAUGCAUGUUCUGGUAGAGUGGAGGUCUAUUAUAAUGGCCAGUGGGGAACAGUGUGUGAUGAUAACUGGGACAUCGAUGAUGCAGCAGUGGUGUGCAGAGAGAUGAGAUGUGGCAGAGCGGUCAGCGCCACUCACAGUGCCCACUUUGGUCAGGGAAGUGGCAAAAUACUUCUGGAUGACGUUCAUUGUUAUGGGCAUGAAAGUAACCUCAGAAAAUGCUCUCAUAAUGGAUUUGGCAAACACAACUGUUAUCGGGGUGAAGAUGCUGGUGUUACCUGCUCAGGCUUAAGACUCAUUAAUGGAUUGGACGAGUGUUCGGGUAGAGUGGAGGUUUCAUAUAACGGCCAGUGGGGAACAGUGUGUGAUAAUGACUGGGACAUCAAUGAUGCAGAGGUAGUGUGCAGAGAGUCGAGAUGUGGCAGAGCGGUCGUUGCCCUUCACAAUGCCCACUUUGGUCGGGGAAGUGAUCCAAUACUUCUGGAUAAUGUUGGUUGUUCUGGAAAUGAAAGCUCUCUCUCUAAUUGCUCUCAUAAUGGAUUUGGCCAACACAACUGCAGUCAUGGUAAAGAUGCUGGUGUUAUCUGCUCAGGCAUAAGACUCGUUAAUGGAUUUGACCCGUGUUCUGGUAGAGUGGAGGUCUAUUAUAACGGCCAGUGGGGAACAGUGUGUGAUGAUGACUGGGACAUCAAUGAUGCAGCAGUGGUGUGCAGAGAGAUGAGAUGUGGCCCGGUGGUCAGCACCUCUCACAGUGCCCACUUUGGUCAGGGAAGUGGCCCAAUACUUUUCGAUGGUGUUGAUUGUUAUGGACAUGAAAGCACCCUCAGAAAUUGCUCUCACAAGGGACUUGGCAAACACAGCUGCAGUCAUGGCGAAGAUGCUGGUGUUAUCUGCUUAGGCUUAAGACUCGUUAAUGGAUUUGAUGAGUGUUCUGGUAGAGUGGAGGUCUAUUAUAAUGGCCAGUUGGGAACCGUGUGUGGUAAUGGCUGGGACAUCAAUGAUGCGGAGGUGGUGUGCAAAGAGAUGGGCUGUGGCAGAGCGGUUAGCAUCCCUCCCAGUGCCUACUUUGGUCGGGGAAUUGAUCCAAUACUUCUAGAUCAUGUUGGUUGCCAUGGAAAUGAAAGCACCAUUACAAAUUGCUCUCAUAAAGCCCUUGACAAACACAGCUGUAAUCAUAAUAAAGAUGCUGGUGUUAUCUGCUCAGGCAUAAGACUCGUUAAUGGAUCUGAUGAGUGUUCUGGUAGAGUGGAGGUCUAUUAUAAUGGCCAGUGGGGAACAGUGUGUGAUAAUAACUGGGACAUCAAUGAUGCAGAGGUGGUGUGCAGAGAGUCGAGGUGUGGCAGAGCGGUCAGUGUGUUUUACAGUGCUCACUUUGGUCAGGGAAGUGAUCCAAUACUUCUGGAUAAUGUUGGUUGUUCUGGAAAUGAAAGCUCUCUAUCAAGUUGCUCCCAUGAUGGAUUUUACAGACACAACUGUGUUCAUGGUGAAGAUGCUGGUGUUAUCUGCUCAGGCGUAAGACUCAUUAAUGGAAAUGACGCAUGUUCUGGUAGAGUGGAGGUCUAUUAUGGCCAGUGGGGAACAGUGUGUGAUGAUGGCUGGGAUAUGAAAGAUGCCUCGGUGGUGUGCAGAGAGAUGGGAUGUGGCCCAGCAGUGAGUGCCCCUCAUGGUGCUCGCUUUCAUCAUGGAAGUGGCCCAAUACAUCUAAAUUAUGUUAAUUGUCAUGGACUUGAAAGCACCCUUACAAAAUGCUCUCAUAAUGGAUUUGGCAGACACAGCUGUAAUCAUGGUAAAGAUGCUGGUGUUAUCUGCUCAGACGUAAAACUCGUUAAUGGAUUUGACACGUGUUCUGGUAGAGUGGAGGUCUACCGUAAUGGCCAGUGGGGAACAGUGUGCGAUAAUAACUGGGACAUGAAUGAUGCGACGGUGGUGUGCAGACAGAUGGGAUGUGGCAGAGCAAUCAACGCCCUUCACAGUGCACACUUUGGUCAGGGAAGUGGCCCAGUAGUUCUGAAUGCUGUUGGUUGUUAUGGAAAUGAAAGCACCCUCACAAGUUGCUCUUAUAAUGGACCUGGCAGACAGAACUGUAGUCAUGGUAAAGAUGCUGGUGUUAUCUGCCCAAGCUUAAGACUCGUUAAUGGAAAUGACGCAUGCUCUGGUAGAGUGGAGGUCUAUUAUAAAGACCAGUGGGGAACAGUGUGUGAUAAUAACUGGGACAUCAAUGAUGCGGAGGUGGUGUGCAGAGAGUUGAAAUGUGGCAUAGCAGUUGGCUCACCUCACAGUGCCCAAUUUGGUCAGGGAAGUGGCCCAGUACUUCUGGAUGGUGUUGAUUGUUCUGGAAAUGAAAGCACCCUCACAAGUUGUUCUCAUAGGGGAUUUGGCAAACACAGCUGUAAUCAUGGUAAAGAUGCUGGUGUUAUCUGCUCAGACGUAAGACUCGUUAAUGGAGAUGGAAUGUGUUCUGGUAGAGUGGAGGUCUAUUAUAAUGACCAGUGGGGAACAGUGUGUGAUGACGGCUGGGACAUCAAUGAUGCAUCGGUGGUGUGCAGACAGAUGAGAUGUGGCCCAGUUGUCAGUGCCCCUCACAGUGCCCACUUUGGUCAGGGAAGUGGCCCAGUACUUCUGGAUGAUGUUGAUUGUUAUGGACAUGAAAGCACCCUCAGAAAUUGCUCUCAUAAUGGAUUUGGCAAACACAGCUGCAGUCAUGGUGAAGAUGCUGGUGUUAUCUGCUUAGGCUUAAGACUCGUUAAUGGAUUUGACAAGUGUUCUGGUAGAGUGGAGGUCUAUCAUAACGGCAAGUGGGGAACAGUGUGUGGUAAUGGCUGGGAUAUCAAUGAUGCGGAGGUGGUGUGCAGACAGAUGGGCUGUGGCAGAGCAGCCAAUGCCCCUGGCGGUGCCUUCUUUGGUCAGGGAAUUGAUCCAAUACUUCUAGAUAAUGUUGGUUGUUCUGGAAAUGAAAGCUCUCUCUUUAAUUGCUCUCAUGGUGGAUUUUACAAACACAGCUGUAAUCAUGGUAAAGAUGCUGGUGUUAUUUGCUCAGGCUUAAGACUCGUUAAUGGAUUGGAUGAGUGUUCUGGUAGAGUUGAGGUCUUUCAUAAUGGCCAGUGGGGAACAGUGUGUGAUAAUAACUGGGACAUCAAUGAUGCAGAGGUGGUGUGCAGAGAAUCACGGUGUGGCAGAGCGGUCAGUGUGUUUCACAGUGCCCACUUUGGUCAGGGAAGUGAUCCAAUACUUCUGGAUAAUGUUGGUUGUUCUGGAAAUGAAAGCUCUCUGUCUCGUUGCUCCCAUGAUGGAUUUUACACACACAGCUGUAAUCAUGGUAAAGAUGCUGGUGUUAUCUGCUCAGGCAUAAGACUUGUUAAUGGAAAUGGCAUGUGUUCUGGUAGAGUGGAGGUCUUUUAUGGACAGUGGGGAACAGUGUGUGAUGAUGGCUGGGAUAUAAAAGAUGCAGCAGUGGUGUGCAGAGAGAUGAGAUGUGGCCCAGUUGUCAGUGCCCCACACAGUGCCCGCUUUGGUCAGGGAAGUGGCCCAAUACUUCUGGAUGAUGUUCAGUGUAAUGGACAUGAAAGUAACCUCACAAAUUGUUCUCAUAAUGGAUUUGGCAAACACAACUGCUAUCAUGGUGAAGAUGCUAGUGUUAUCUGCUAUGUGACAGACAUACGACUUGUUAAUGGGUUUGACUCGUGUUCUGGUAGAGUGGAGGUCUAUUAUAAUGACCAGUGGAGAACGGUGUGUGAUAAUGACUGGGACAUCAAUGAUGCAACGGUGGUGUGCAGAGAGAUGAGAUGUGGCAGAGCAAUCAGCGCCCUUCACAGUGCCCACUUUGGUCAGGGAAGUGGCCCAAUACAUCUGGAUCAUGUUGGUUGUUCUGGAAAUGAAAGCUCUCUCUCUAAUUGCUCUUAUAAUGGAUUUGGAAAACACAACUGCAGUCAUGGUGAAGAUGCUGGUGUUAUCUGCUCAAGCUUAAAACUCGUUAAUGGAUUUGAUGAGUGUACUGGUAGAGUGGAGGUCUAUUAUAAUGGCCAGUGGGGAACAGUGUGUGGUAAAGGCUGGGAUAUUAAUGAUGCAGCAGUGGUGUGCAGAGAGAUGGAAUGUGGCAGAGCGGUCAGUGCGCUUCACAGGGCCUACUUUGGUCAGGGCAGUGGCCAAAUAUUUCUGGAUAAUGUAGAUUGUUCUGGAAAUGAAAGCACCCUCACAAAUUGCUCUCAUAAAGGAUUUGGCAGUCAUAGCUGUGGUCAUGGUGAAGAUGCUAGUGUUAUCUGCUCAGGGAUAAGACUCAUUAAUGGAAGUGACCCCUGUUCUGGUAGAGUGGAAGUCUAUUAUAAUGGCCAGUGGGGAACAGUGUGUGAUAAUAACUGGGACAUGAAUGAUGCGGAGGUGGUGUGCAGAGAGUCAAGAUGUGGCAGAGCGGUCAGUGUGUUUCACAGUGCCCACUUUGGUCAGGGAAGUGAUCCAAUAUUUCUGGAUAAUGUUGGUUGUUCUGGAAAUGAAAGCUCUCUGUCUCGUUGCUCCCAUGAUGGAUUUUACAAACACAGCUGUAAUCAUGGGGAAGAUGCUGGUGUUAUCUGCUCAGGCUUAAGACUCGUUAAUGGAAAUGACUCGUGUUCUGGUAGAGUGGAGGUUUAUCAUAAUGGCCAGUGGGGAACAGUGUGUGACAAUAAUUGGGACAUCAAUGAUGCGGCAGUGGUGUGCAGAGAGAUGAGAUGUGGCAGAGCGGUCAGCGCCACUCAUAGUGCCCACUUUGGUCAGGGAAGUGGCCAAAUACUUCUGGAUAAUGUUGGUUGUUCUGGAAAUGAAAGUGCCCUCACAAGUUGCUCUCAUAAAGGACUUGGCAAACACAGCUGUUAUCAUGGUAGAGAUGCUGGUGUUAUCUGCUCAGGCUUAAGUCUCGUUAAUGGAAGUGACCCCUGUUCUGGUAGAGUGGGGGUCUAUUAUAACGGUCAGUGGGGAACAGUGUGUGGUAAUGACUGGGAUAUGAAUGAUGCGGAGGUGGUGUGCAGAGAGAUGGGAUGCGGCAGAGCGGUCAGCGCCCUUCACAGUGCCCACUUUGGUCAGGGAAGUGGCCAGAUUCUUCUGGAUAAUGUGGCUUGUUCUGGAAAUGAAAGCUCUCUCUUUAAUUGCUCUCAUGGUGGAUUUUACAAACACAACUGCCAUCAUGGUCAAGAUGCUGGUGUUAUCUGCUCAGGCCCUAAUGAGAUCAGGCUGGUAAAUGGUAAGACUCGCUGUUGUGGUAGAGUGGAGAUCCAGCACAAUGGCCGGUGGGGAACGAUAUGUGAUAAUAACUGGGACAUGGAUGAUGCAGAGGUGGUGUGCAGACAGAUGGGUUGUGGCAGAGCGGUCAGCGCACUGAACAGUGCCCACUUUGGUCAGGGAGUUGAACCAACAUGGUUGGAUAAUGUUGGAUGUAAAGGAACUGAGCGAUACUUAAGUCAGUGUUCACACAGAGGAUUUGGAAAGGAGAACUGUGGACAUGUUAAGGACGCUGGAGUUGUGUGCUCAGAUGACAUGCAGAGUCCUGUGCCCACCCUGAGCUCAUCACACUCUGCUGUAUCUGCUGGGGACACUAUUCAGUUCAGAUGUGUCAAGACAAUCCCAACCUGUUGCUCUGCUGAUUUUCAUUUGUACAGAAAUGGAACAUUAGUUAAAACUCAAUCUUCAACAUCUGAAUCUUCAACCUUUAAUUUGACUGUGGAUUUCUCAAAUCAGGGCCAGUACAGCUGUGACUAUUCAUACCAGAGAAACAGGUCCAUCCAAUCAUCCAGAAGCAACUCUGCUAACAUCACUGUGGGCCCUAAUGAGAUCAGGCUUGUAAAUAGUACAAGUCGCUGUUGUGGUAGAGUGGAGAUCAAGAUCAGUGGACGAUGGGGAACAGUGUGUGAUGAUGGCUGGGACAUGAAUGAUGCAGAGGUGGUGUGCAGACAGAUGGGAUGUGGCAAAGUGGUCAGCGCACCUCACAGUGCCCACUUUGGUCAGGGAAGUGAACCAACAUGGCUGGAUAAUGUUGGGUGUAGAGGAACUGAGAUCUACUUAAGUCAGUGUUCACACAGAGGAUUUGGAAAGGAGAACUGUGGACAUCAAGAAGAUGCUGGAGUUGUGUGUUCAGAUGACAUGCAGCGUCCCACGUUCACCCUGAUCUCAUCACACUCUGUUGUAUCUGCUGGGGAGGCUGUUCAGUUCAGAUGUGCCUCACCAAACCCAACCUGCAUCUCUCCUGCUUUCCAUUUGUACAGAAAUGGAACAUUAGUUAAAACCCAAUCCUCAACAUCUAAAUCUUCAAUGUUCAGUUUGACUGCGGCUUCCUCCGAUCAGGGCCAGUACAGCUGUGGCUAUUCAUACCAGGGAAAGAGCUCCAUCACAUCACCUAGAAGCAGCUCUUCUGACAUUACUGUGGUAACUUUACCCAUUCCACGCAUCUCUCUCCGACCCAUCAAAAAGGUUGCAUGGGGAGAGAAGGUUGACAUCACCUGCUCUGCAGAAACCCAGUUCACAGGUGGAUCCUUCACUCUGAUACAGAACUCUGGGUCAUUUAGAGAGACCAAGAGUGGAACCUCUGUCACCUUCAGUUUACCAAAAGUGGACUUUGUUCAUGAGGGGUCUUACUACUGCCAGUACCAGACCAGAGUGUCCAGUCGUGAUUUCAGUUCUCCACAGAGCAGCUCUGUUCAUUUCUCUGUCGAAGUGGCUCUACCUGCUCCAAGCAUCUUCCUCUGUCCCACCAAAGAGGUCACAUGGGGAGAGAAGGUUGACAUCACCUGCUUUGUAGAAACCCAGUUCACAGGUGGAUCCUUCACUCUGAUACAGAACUCUGGGUCAUUUAGAGAGAACAAGAGUGGAACCUCUGUCACCUUCAGUUUACCAAAAGUGGACUUUGUUCAUGAGGGGUCUUACUACUGCCAGUACCAGACCAGAGUGUCCAGUCGUGAUUUCAGUUCUCCACAGAGCAGUGCUGUUAAUUUUUCUGUUAUAGUGCCUCUACCCAGACCAGGCAUCUCUCUCCAUCCCACCAAAGAGGUCACAUGGGGAGAGCAGGUUGACAUCACAUGCUCUGUAGAAACCAAGUUCACGGGUGGAUCCUUCACUCUGAUACAGAACUCUGGGUCAUUUAGAGAGACCAAGAAUGGAACCUUAAUCACCUUCAGUUUAACAGAAGUGGACUUUGUUCAUGAGGGGUCUUACUACUGCCAGUACCGGAUUAGUGUUUCCAGUCGUGAUUUCAGCUCUCCGCACAGUAGAUCUAUUAAUUUCUCUGUUGUAGUGCCUCUACCCACACCAAGCAUCUCUCUCCAUCCCACCAAAGAGGUCACAUGGGGAGAAAAGGUUGACAUCACCUGUUCUGUAGAAACCCAGUUCACAGGUGGAUCCUUCACUCUGAUACAGAACUCUGGGUCAUUUAGAGAGACCAAGAGUGGAAGCUCCAUCACCUUCAGUUUACCAAAAGUGGACUUUGUUCAUGAGGGGUCUUACUACUGCCAGUACCAGAUCAGUGUUUCCAGACGUGAUUUCAGCUCUCCACAUAGUAGAUCUGUUCAUUUCUCUGUUGUAGUGCCUCUACCCAGACCAGGCAUCUCUCUCCAUCCCACCAAAGAGGUCACAUGGGGAGAGCAGGUUGACAUCACAUGCUCUGUAGAAACCAAGUUCACGGGUGGAUCCUUCACUCUGAUACAGAACUCUGGGUCAUUUAGAGAGACCAAGAAUGGAACCUUAAUCACCUUCAGUUUAACAGAAGUGGACUUUGUUCAUGAGGGGUCUUACUACUGCCAGUACCGGAUUAGUGUUUCCAGUCGUGAUUUCAGCUCUCCGCACAGUAGAUCUAUUAAUUUCUCUGUUGUAGUGCCUCUACCCACACCAAGCAUCUCUCUCCAUCCCACCAAAGAGGUCACAUGGGGAGAAAAGGUUGACAUCACCUGCUCUGUAGAAACCCAGUUCACAGGUGGAUCCUUCACUCUGAUACAGAACUCUGGGUCAUUUAGAGAGACCAAGAGUGGAAGCUCCAUCACCUUCAGUUUACCAAAAGUGGACUUUGUUCAUGAGGGGUCUUACUACUGCCAGUACCAGAUCAGUGUUUCCAGACGUGAUUUCAGCUCUCCACAUAGUAGAUCUGUUCAUUUCUCUGUUGUAGUGAUUCUACCCACUCCAAGCAUCUUUCUUAGUCCUACCAAAGAAGCCACAUGGGGAGAGAAGGUGGACAUCACCUGCUCUGUGGAAACCAAGUUCACAGGUGGAACCUUCACUCUGAUGAAACAUUCUGGGUCUUAUACUGAGAUCAAAAAUGGAAACUCUGUCACCUUCAGUUUUCCUGAAGUGGACUUUAUUCAUGAGGGGUUUUACUACUGCCAGUACCAGACCAGGGUUUCCGGACGUGAUUUCAGUUCUCCACAGAGCAGCUCUGUUAAUAUCUCUGUUAUAGUGAAUUUACUGGAGCCCAAAAUCUCCCUCAAACAUAAUGGUGGAUGGUUCUACUGGGGGCAAGAGGGACCAGAGGUGACCAGAGGUCAAAGCUUCUCAAUCAUCUGCUCCACUAAGCCACAGUAUCCAGGAGGCUCAUUCCACUUGGAAUUUAGUGGAUCCAGAGCCAGAACUCAGUCAGCUGUUGACCACUCAACCACCUUCUUCUUUCCUGAGGCAGAUUUCGUCCACCAGGGAAACUACAGCUGUGUUUAUGAAUUCACUGCGUCUCCACACACUUUUAACUCUCCUAGCUCUGAACUCUUGGCUGUCUCUGUGAAAGCAUCACUGGCUCCAUUCAUCAUUUCUGGAGUGGCAGCAGGACUGUUACUCAUAUUAGUGCCAAUCAUUUGCUUCAUGAAGAGAUGUAAAGAAAAAAAAUAUCAGAUGGCUAUGAUGACUGACGAUGGACGUUGUAUGGAUAAUGUGUAUGGGAUCUAUGCCAUGGCCAGUGGUGACAAUGAAGAUGUUCACCUGAAUGCAGAAACUGCUUUCACCCAAACGGAGGAAAAGGAUGAUGGCAACUGCAAUAAUGUUUAUGCUAGUACUCAAAAAUAGUAAACAGGCAUUUAUUCAAAUUGUUAAGAAAAGCAGAUUUGUCUUGGCAAUUUUUAGGAGACAACAGGAAGCUAAAGAACUCCUGGAAACGCUGAUUGUUCACUAGGGUUCACUCAUUGUAAGCAUUUAUCUGUAGGUCAUUUCUCUGCUGUUGUUCAGUAUUUUCUUACUUAUAUCUAAAUCUAUUUUGUCAUAUCUAUAAAUUUGCUUAUUUGUUUCUCUGGAGAGCUAAAACAACUAUUAACAGUUUAUUUUAUAGUCCCUGUCUACUAAUUUUCAUGAUUUUCUAACUAUUAUCUAUACUUUGUGUGGCUUUUUCACUAUGAUCUGGCAGAGAAAGAAUGACACUGGAGUUUUAUUUGAUAUAUAUAUAUAUAUAUAUAUAUAUAUACACACACAC